AUGGUCAACAUCACGGAAAAGAUCAAGGAGAUUGAGGAUGAGAUGAAGAGGACACAAAAGAACAAGGCCACCGAAUAUCAUCUUGGACUAUUGAAAGGUAAACUUGCCCGAUACCGUGCGCAAUUGCUCGAGCCAGGUCCGGGAGCGGGAGGAGCUGCAGGUACGGGAUUCGAUGUGCAAAAAUCUGGAGAUGCCCGAAUAGCUCUUGUUGGGUUCCCGUCGGUGGGCAAGUCAACAUUUUUGUCCAAAGUCACGAAGACCAAGUCUGAGGUUGCCGCAUACUCCUUUACUACCUUGACUGCCAUUCCCGGAGUGCUCGAGUAUGGUGGCGCCGAGAUCCAAGUGCUGGAUCUUCCCGGUAUCAUUGAGGGUGCCUCUGAAGGGAAGGGACGUGGUCGGCAGGUCAUUUCAGCUGCGAAGACAAGCGAUAUGGUUCUCAUGGUCUUGGACGCCACAAAACGGGCCGAGCAAAGAGCACUUCUCGAGGCUGAACUCGAAGCUGUCGGUAUCAGACUCAAUCAGGAACCUCCCAACAUCUAUCUCAAACCCAAGAAAGCUGGUGGCAUGAAGAUCACAUUCUCUGCGCCUCCCAAGAAGCUAGACGAGAAGAUGCUUUACAACAUCUUACGCGACUACAAGAUUCUCAACUGCGAAGUGCUCGUGCGAGAUGAGAACGCCACGGUCGACCAGUUCAUUGAUGUCAUCAUGAAAGACCACCGGACGUACAUCAAGUGUCUGUAUGUCUACAACAAGAUCGAUAGCAUCAGCUUGGACUUCCUCAACAGCCUCGCUCGCGAACCAAACACGGUCGUCAUGAGCUGCGAGCUUGAUCUUGGUAUCAGCGAGGUGGUCGAUCGUUGCUGGGACGAGCUGCACCUCAUUCGAAUCUACACGAAACGCAAGGGAAUUGAUCCCGACUUCAGUGAGGCCCUAAUCGUUCGCAAUAACAGCACGAUUGAGGAUGUCUGCGAUCAGAUCCAUCGGAGUAUCAAGGACAGUUUCAAGUAUGCGUUGGUAUGGGGUGCAAGUGCAAGACAUAUCCCCCAACGUGUCGGACUAUCGCAUGUAGUCGCAGACGAGGAUGUCGUAAGCAUAGUGGGAACCAAGAGCGGUCUUGCUGUCAAAUAG